UGCCAUUCGCCCAUGAAGCAGAACACAGCGGGGUACCUGCCACAAUGUGCAUGAACUUGGCAAAAAUGUUGCCGGGUGACGGCAGCCGCCGGACACAAAAGGCUACAUUGUGCCUCAUCCUAGUUGCACCCAAUGUCCCCAGUAGACAAAUCGUGUACCAGGAAAGUGGCCCAGGGGCUGGGGGACAGGGACGGGGUCGGCAACUCGUCUUUGUCAGGUUUCUGGAACAGAACGUUUUGCCAGGAAAGGGCGUCUGUAGACUUAGCAUUUCGCAGACUCCUGAUUUUGGGCCUGUUUGCUUUUCCUUAAAUGAGGGGAGUCCCCCCCCCCCCCCGCCACCCGGCCUGGGAAGUGACAGGGAGGGAGUGUAGGGAUCAGUGACCGUCACCCGGAUGCUUGCAGAAUCCCCUUCCAGAACGUAUGCUGGAGGCCAGAUUUCGGAGCGCAGGCCCUGGCUGGAUCCUCAGGCGUAUUCGCACACCUUGUCCCCCUCCCCGCCCCCUGCCACGGCCCCCGUGCCACAGCCGUCUAGGCUCUAGCCAGGGUGUCGGCCACCCUCUCUUACCUUUGCAGAGCCUCAAAGUCAGGCUGAGAAGUGGGAACACUUUCUAUUGGUGCCGAUGUGCACAAACACUUUUCCUCUACACUCUUAAGUGAAGUCCAUGGGGCUGUGCAAAUUAGACUGACAAAAGACAGAUUCAGCGAGGCAGGUUUUACAUGGUGUUAAAAUUCUUGGUGCCAUGAGGUUGGGGGGGGCUACAUAGAAAGAAGAAAACGGACCCAAUGCCGCGGUUAGGCUUGGGAGUUUGUAUACUAUUUUCUUCACACACACCAGUGAAUCGUGCAGAUGUGACAAGAGACGGGAAAAGAGGUUUGAGGCGGCCGAGGGCAGCACACUGGGGGAAGAUACGUGUUUGAAGGAAAGUAUGCACAGAAGUAGGGACGUCGUUGGCGUUAAUCAGGUCCUGGCCGUUAUGGGCCAGAUGUGAGCUCUUUGGAUUAUGGCAGAGAGGGUGGUGUCCCCAUGUGCCUGAUUUCGCGGGACCUCUGAGCUGGUUCUUAUAGGCGAGGGCGGGGUUUCCCGGAGGUCGUGGGUCAGGGUGUGCUCUGUCCCUGCUGAUGGUAAUUCUUUGGGGAAAGAAAUGCAGGCUGGCUGUCGUUCCCGUGACAUCUGUGCUGUAGAUUCGAUGUCAUCUGGGCGCUGGUGGGGCGUCUGGAGUGGUCUCGGCGUUCAGGUGCCCUGGGCCCUUCCCGCCGGGAGCCCCGGGGCAGGGGCGCCUGCAGACAAGGCAAUGCGGCCUUUGCAGGUGACGGAGGACCACACCUACAUGUGCACCUUCCCCAACUCCGUGCUGCACAGGGGGGCCAACCUGACCGUGAACGUCACUUGCGACGGGGACGUGUUCCUCCAAGUCCUGACUUUCGCCAACCCGGGCAGGGAAGGUUCCGGAGCCGUGAACUUCUCCUGCCUCAUUUACAACGUGCGCUUCAUGAACUGCAGCUGGGCGCCCGGCCCGGCCGCCCCGGCCGACGUCAAGUAUCGACUGUUCUGGGAGUCCAGGCAUGAGGCCGACGCGGAAUGCGUCCAUUACAUCCUUGGCCCCACGGGGACCCGCGUGGGCUGCCAUUUCGACCAACUGGGCAAACCCCAGAGGACGGAUAAUUACUUCUUCUUGGUGAACGGAACCAGCAGGGAAACGGCGAUCCCGUUUUUGGAUUUCACUCCAUUUAAGGCCGUUCAAAUCGAGAAGUACGAUCCACCCAGGAACAUCACCAUCACCUACAACCGGUCGCACCACAUCAUCCGGUGGGAACAUCCCGAGAUCCGAUUCGACCUUUCAAGUCACAUGCUGUAUUACGAGCUGGACAUCCAAACGCCGGUAAGAACCCACGCGUCCGUGAACGACCCACACAGCGCGUGCUGUCCCGUUUGCCCCUGGGGCAUAAACCGCGCGGAUUCAUUUUUGGUCUUAAAAAGGAACCUCUAGGGGCG